CCAAUAUGCGCUGAACAACACCACAUCAACUCAUCGCCAUGCCUCUCGUUCUCUUCCUCGGCAUCCUCGAAAAUGGCAUCCCCGAACAAGUCCGCCAGCACAGCCGCACGAUAAUCUACACCAUCCUGACCCUCACCCUCCUAACCCUCCUCAAAAUCUGGACCUCUGGCCGCAAGAAUCCCAGCCCGCGCCUCCUCCAUGGCAAAGUCGUCAUGAUGACCGGCGGAACGUCCGGUAUAGGCGCCCAAACGGCCCUCGGACUCGCAUCGCAGGGCGCGCAGCUGGUUCUGCUCACACAGGCGCCUCCGUCGGAUCCGUUCCUCGUCGAGUAUAUCCAGGAUCUGCGACAGAAGACGAAUAACCAGAUGAUCUACACGGAACAAGUCGAUUUGUCGGACUUCUACAGUAUUCGAACGUUUGCGACGAAGUGGAUUGAUAAUGCGCCACCUCGACGGUUGGAUAUGAUUAUUCUGUGCGCUGCUGCCAUGACCCCCCCUGGUGGAAAGAGGAAGGAGUCGGAGGAGGGUAUUGAGGAGACGUGGAUGGUCAACUUUUUGGCUAAUUUCCAUUUACUCGGUAUUCUAAGCCCGGCUCUUCGAGCGCAGCCCAUCGAUCGAGAUGUUCGAGUUAUUAUUCCCACCUGCUCAUCCUACAUUGGAUCACCAUCCCUCAAGGAGCCUGUCUCAACGGCCAACUGGAGUCCCGGUACGGCAUAUGCUCGCAGCAAACUCGCCAUGAACGUCUUUGGUCAAGCAUUCCAGAAGCACCUCGAUGCCUACGAACGACCCGACAAGGCUCCCAACAACACCCGAGUAGUCUUUGUGGACCCUGGUCUUGCCCGAACCCCCAGCACGCGUCGCUGGUUGACGCGUGGAUCUCUCUGGGGACUCGCCAUCUAUCUCACUGGCUACUUGGUUCCCUGGUUCCUCCUCAAGUCUCCUCACAUGGCCGCCCAAUCUAUCCUCUACACCGCCAUGGACGGAGACUUUGCUCGAGGUCCUGGUGGAAAGCUCAUCAAGGAGUGUAUGGAGGUCGACUUUGCGCGCAAGGAAGUCAAGGAUGAAGAAGUCGCCAAGAAGUUGUGGCAAGAGAGCGAUGCUCUAAUUGAAAAGGUCGAGAAGAUCCAGGCCAAAAAGAGAGCUGCCAAAAAGGCUGCCGAUGAGAAGAAUGCCAAGGAAAAGACUGAAAAGGAAAAGGAGGCCGAGAUCGAGGAGCUCGUCGAUGCCAUCAAGAAGGGCAAAGAGAAGCAUAAAAAGGCUGCGGGAAAGAAGAGUAAAAAAUAGUCGACGAUGUACAUGAACAUAGACAUAGACGGAGUUUGGGUAUUGGUCCGGCGGUAUACGGGAUGUAAUAUGUAACACAAAUGAAAUGUCCAACGGGCAUAAUUUUAUUGCCA